UCUGCUGUUUCACUUACAUGCAAUCACGUAUUCUGCAAUGCGUGCAUCAUGAAAUCCAUGAAACUUGGUUCUAAUUGUCCGGUUUGUAAAGUCCCAUAUCAUCGAAGAGAGCUUCGUGCUGCUCCUCACAUGGACAGCUUGGUGAGCAUUUACAAAAGCAUGGAAGCUGCUUCAGGAGUAAAUAUAUUUCUCACUCAAACUGCAGCUACAAAUAAACCAAAUGAAGAAAAUUCUGUUAAAGGUGAUCUUGAUCGACCUGGAAAAAUAAUUGGUGGCACAUGUCAAGAUACUGAAAGUGAGUCAGCUCUUAUGAGGAUCAACUUUCGGAUAUACACGGCAAAUAUCUUCUUCAGUGAUCUGAAGGAUAGUGAGGAUGAAAGCCCUCUAAAAGUGAAAGUACAUGGCAAAUCCAACACUAUGGAUCUUUUUGAUAGUGAGAUGUUUGAGUGGACACAAAGAGCCUGUUCCCCCGAGCUUAUUUCAAGUCCUGUAAAGAUUAAGGUUCCUGAUACCAAUGAAGUUCUUGAGGACAGCAAAUCAGAAGGUGCAAUGAAUGAAGGACCACUUAUGGAAGGUCUAGAAAGUAUUAAUCUUACACAGGAACUUGGAGCUUCUGAUAGGGGAGUAAAUAUAUUAUCUAUUCAGGCUAAAAUUACCAGUAGUCAAAUGAAGAGUGGUAACUUCAGCAGUAGAUCUAUAAAGGCGAGGAAAAAUAUCAAAAGGAAGUCUGCUAAAAAAAGUAAAGGUCAAGCUUCUAGCAGUCUUGUUGAUCCCAAAAAGAAACCUGAAAAUUUUAUUUCAAAAGGAGCUGAAGGAAGUGUUAAUCCUGUAAAUUUGGAGAUAACGGGGAAUGAAAAGGCUGGUAACAAUAUCUAUGAGUCUGAUUCACCUCGGAAGGCUCCUUUUGCUUCUCACAGAGCUGAAUUGCUAGACAAGGGUGAAAUAGAUAUGGUCAAUCAGUUAAAUACUACAAUGUUUAAGGAACCAGAUGCAGUUGAAGAUACUAACAUGAAAAAUAGUGGAGAAAGCAGUAAGAAUGAUAUGCUGCAUGGAGAUGCUUGUUCUCAGAGGUCAAAGGAACGAAAAGUGCAUUCUGUUAAAACUAACAUCACUGGAGAAGAUUCAGAAUUUCGAAAACAGACAAACAAAAGAUCGCUCCCUCAGAAAACCUUUUCAUCUGAUCCAUCAACUGAUGGCAAGAACAUCUAUGAUUUGAAGGAAAAACAUAGCAAACAAGCCAGGGAAUUUGACUCUACUUUUACUUCAAAAUGCAAUAAAGAACUGAGAUCUAAGAAAAAGAUGAAAGUUUCAUUCGAUGAUGUAUCAAGAGUUGGCUUGGUUAAUGAAUGUCACGGUCAUAAGAACAUUUUGUUGAAGGAAAUUCAGUUGCUUGAAAAAGUUUCAUGUAGUUCUGCUCCUCAAGUUCUGAAUGGCUCGUCAAUAGUAAAAAACCUUCCUCUGACAAAUGAGGUGGCUUUGCGCAAAUGUGCAAUCCUAGCCAAUAAAAUUCAAUGUGCCUUUUGCCUUUCUUCAGAAGACUCGGAGGUUUCAGGAGAGAUGUUUCACUACUACAAUGGCAGGCCUGUCUCUGCAGAUUAUGAAGGAGGAUCCAAGAUUAUACAUUCACACAAAAACUGCACUGAAUGGGCUCCUAAUGUUUACUUUGAAAAUGAUACUGCAAUUAACCUGGAAGCUGAGUUAUCUAGAAGUCGAAGAAUUAAAUGCUGCUGUUGCGGACUGAAAGGUGCAGCUCUAGGGUGCUAUGAAAGGAGUUGUCGGAAGAUAGCGGCAAGAGAUCAAUAUUUAAGUCAAAAUGGGAUUGAAAAUAGAGGAAAACUGAGACUCCUUAAUAAGGGACCGAAGCCUUUUGACGGGCUCAAGUUUUUUUUCAUGGGAGAUUUUGUGCCUUCCUACAAGGGAUAUCUACAAGAUCUUGUUGCUGCUGCUGGAGGUACAGUCCUGCAUAGAAAGCCCAUUUCAGGCGAUCAGGAACCCUUGUUAUCCGAAUCAUAUAGAUAUUCAACCUUGAUAGUUUACAGCCUUGAACUGCCUGAUAAGCAUGAUCCUGGAAAGCAGAAUUUAAUUUUGAGCCGUAGGGAAUCAGAUGCAUAUGCACUUGCGAGCUCAAUUCAAGCCAAAGCUGUGAGCAAUUCAUGGGUACUGAAUUCAAUUGCUGCAUGCAAAAUGCAAAAUCUUCCUGCAUAAUGAUGUGACGAUUAUCCACCCUGCGUUUCCUCAAUUUGAGUUCUAUAAAUAUAUUUAUGAUGUCUAGCAAUAGUGGGCUGACCGUGCAUGAAGAUGGUCUGAAUCAACUUCAAACUAGUUUGGGAAAAAUGAACUUUCAUAUUCCUCUGUACCUCGACUUUGAUAUAUAAUGAUAAAGAGUGAAGCAAGU